AUGUCGAGCUCUGCUGAACCAUCGAAGAACGGCACCAUGCCAACGUCCACUCAAAUGGGAGAACCAACUAUGAGCUCUACGACCUCUAGACGCGUGGGUCCCAGCAGUACGCCGCCGCCUCUGAACGGGCCUAUCAACGGCGUAUCUACGACUGCCGCUCCGGUGAUGGGCGCUGUGGCUGUCGCCAUUGCCGGAUGGGUCUUGAUGGUAUAA